UGCACACAGAAAGGAAAUACCUGAGUAAUACAUUGAUAUGAAAUAGCACAAAAAGACCAACAGAGGAGAGAUUUAGAAGUAUAAAAAAGUUGUCUCCAUAACUUCUUCAAAAGCUAAAGAAACAAUAUCACAAUGGGUAUAAUUAUUCUAAAGCCACCUUAGAUCCCUAUGUCAGAUUGAAUAUUGAUUAGUACCAAAUUAUGGACUCAAUAUAUAAUUCAGAAGACUUCACAGGAAAAGCUUAAUAAAACUGAAUAUUUAAGAAAUAAGAAAUAUGGCAAUGAUUUCUGAAUAUGAUGCAUUACCUGAUGAUAGAGGAUUGUCCCUCCCAUUGGAAACUAAAUCAACAAAAUGUGAGGCAAGUAAUUUUCUGGUUGAACUACAAAACGGUCAGAACAUAGAAGAUAAAUUUAGAAAUUUUCAGAAAAUCAUAGAACAUAUAAAGAUUAUGAUUAAUAAUGAAGAGAGAAAAGGAUUGUUUAGUGAUGGCAAAACACUAAUUGAACAAUUUAUUCAGUCUACAGAUAUAAAUGUACUACAUGCUGUAAUCAAAAAUAGUUCUAUUACGUUUAGUGAAAAAAAUCCACCAUUAUGUUUGUUCUGUUUAAUUGCUUAUCAUGUGCUGGUUGCAUCAGAAAAGGAAAACAGCACUCAGAUUUUAAAUGUUAUAAAAGGUUGUCUACAAACACUGAAAUUUGUAUAUAGUUUUAAUUUAGAUGAUGAUGAUGUUGAUGGAUUGCUGAUUUCAGGCUAUGUUUUCCAACUUUACCUUGACAUGUACUACACAGACAAUCCAAAUGAAAUUUUUACAAAUAUACAAACUAUCUGGGAAUUAGACCCCACAACUGAACUUGAAUUGAAACUUACAUACUGUAAAAAGUUAAUGAAAGCAAAAGAUUAUAAAACACUUAUACAACUGAUUCAUCACCAUGCUGAUUACUUUAAAGACAGUUUUGAAGUAGCAAUAGAAUCUCAAUUGUGUAUUGAAAGUACAACAACCACCAUGGUAUUGUUUCAUAUUCUACAUCACCAAGUGUCAAUAAAUAAGAUGGAAAAAGUGAAAAGAAUUGAAACAAUACUGUCUAGAAUACUCAAAUACAGAUGCUGUGGUACACAUUUUCCAUUAGAUGGAUUUUAUGAUUUCAUACUGACACUGGACAACAUACAAAUACUAGGUAUUCCAUAUUUAAUCAAGUUAUUACAGCAUAGAAUGAAGGAAAAUCCAUAUGAUUUUAUGAAAACUAUACUUUUAUGCAGCAAUAGACUGAGGCAAGCUCACCAUUAUACAGAGUGCAUUAAGUUUAUCAAGUGUCAUUUUCAGUUUAUCUUAAGUUUUCCUACAGAUAAGCUGAAAAUCCAAGGAGAAUGUUAUUAUAGACAACAAUACUGUAUCACUCUGCUCCUUUUACUGGAUGAAUAUGUAACUUGUCAUGAUACUCAUAAAAUGAAUCUGGUGUUGGCAAAACUACUAGUGUUAAGGGUAUCUUUCCUCUCUGACAUGCAUAGUAAUUCAUGUUACUGUUUUAUGGGUAAUCAAGAAUGCUUGACUACAAUGAUAAAUUCACCUUUAUCAGCUCAUAGACCACCCACAUAUGCAACUGAUUUUAAAUUAAGAUUAUUAGAUUGUUACCAUUGUAUACAAAAUGGUAUCAAAAUUCCACAGAGGAUUUCAACAUUCUUUAGAAAUAGACAUACUCUACUCUCAGAACGUAUUAAAGAAAAAAAAUGUCUUGAAUUUAAUUUAGUGAUGAAUAAAGUCAUACAAGGAGAAUUAGAAUUAGCUCCAUUCCUUCAUAGUAUAAUAAAUAUGGACAUGAAAAAGUAUAAAGAUGAAUCCCCUGUAUUCUUUAUGGAGUUAAUCAAAAUAUCAGCUGACCACAAUAUAGCUGCAUUAUAUAAUAUUCUCAAAAUGUUGUGUGCCUUCGAUUUACAACCAGAAAUACAAGAUUUAAUCUUACAAGGAUUGACUGCAUAUUUCAUGAUAUCAUUCAACAGACAAUAUGGUAUAUUGUCUAAAUUUAUCUUAGAUAUUAGUAUGAUAUGUCCUAAAGGCCAGUUCUCACAAAAACUGACAUUAGGUAUGGCAAAAUUGUUGUUGAAAUUUGAUAAUGAUGAUGAUACAGUAAAUGAUUUCAGGAAGAUAAUCUAUAAGUGCUAUUGCACUGUAAGGCAUGACAGUAAAAAUGAGAAAGAUACAAAUAUUGAAAAAUACAAGGACCAUUAUACUUUCAUUGCAUCAAUGGAGUCAGAAGAAGAAAUGAAGAAAUUGAAAGCACUGACAAACUUCUUGCUCAUGCUGACAAUAUUUCUUAUUACAUCUGGUGGUCAUCACAAAUCUGCUGAACUCAAGAAAUAUCUGUCAUUGAAGUAUGAGUACAGAGACUCCAUUUUGUUUUUACUGUGGUGCUCAGGUGAUGUGGAGAUAAACCCUGGACCCACUCAUUUUACAUUGAGAAAGUUGGAUGAUUCAGAGAAAGAAAGGAAUUGGAUUUAUGACAUGUGCUCAAUACUAGUUACACUUAUUAAAUAUAAAUCUUUUGAUAAUAAAAAUGGUGGUAUGUGGAAAGAAAAACCAUUGCAUUGGCCUACUGACUGCCUUUUUUAUAAUCCAAGAAACAAACCUAAAGGUCCAGGAUACAGUAUUGGUACGGAUAAAAAACUGCUGGAAUGCUUAGAAGAACACUGUUAUGUGGAAGGAGUUUUUAAAGAAACUACACACUUUGAUGAUGAACAUACAAAAUUGAAAGUUAAGCAAUAUCAAAAGGAAAUAAUUGCAUGGAAAAAUAACAGAACUGAGCUUUUUGAACUCUACAUCUUGAGACAAGAACUAGAUGCACUGAUAGCAGCAAAAGGAAGUCUAUACAAAUACAGGAAGGACCCUGAAUUUAAUCUAUGUCUCUAUGACAUUCAUGCAGAACUAAUCUUUUAUUCUGAAGAAGAUAGUAAUGGCAGUAAGAAAAGUUAUACAGAUAUUGUAAGGGACAUAGCAACUACAUUCUGUAGGAUAGAUAAAGGGUUAAAUUAUCUAGAAAAGAGUCCUGGUAUCUGGAAAACACCACCUGAAGGAUGGAAUCCUUGUCAUCUAUAUUACGAUCCAUGUAAUGAUAAGAAAGGAAGAGAUAAAGGACAGGAUGAUAAACUAGUUGAUAAUCUACUGACAUACUGUGAAUCUAAAAACAUAACCAUUCCAUCAGAACUUCAACCACUGCUCAAAGCAUGGAAGCAGAGAAAUACAUUAGAAAUAACCAAAUAUUAUACAAUCUGGUCAAAAACUGCAAUAAUCGAUCACUCCUUAAAAUAUCUUGAGCUAGAAGAUAUGUUAGGAAAGAUACAUGUACAGGAGAGUCUGAAACAAAUUGGUGUUAUACUUGAUACACAGUGCUGGAGAUGUCCAAGUGUCAAAAAAUCAUGUACAAGUGACAAUGGUGAUAAAAGUCAAGAUUCAGGUUUCAGUGACGAUUUACAUAGUUCCCAUUCCUCUGACAUCGAAACAAACUCAACAGCAAAGGUAGCAAGUUUACAAAUCAACAGUGACAAUCCAUGCAUGCAGUUUCCAGAUUCAACACAGACAAAUUUGAAUGACAUUCCUGCCAGUCCACAUUCCUUAGUUAGCCACACAGAUGGUCAUCUUUGCAAUAUCGCACCUGAUCGGCAAAAUCAAUGGAAUCAAUCUUCAAAACACACAUGUAUGAACUCAUUUAAAUAUGGCUUGUCAAUUUUAACCGGUAAAGCACAACCAGAAGCUGAUGGGAAACAUCAUCCGAUAUCAUCUGUCAACUCCUCAAAUUCAAAUGAGCAACUUAUUACCUGUAUAGUUCACAUCCAUGAUGCUACAUCAAAACCAGAGAAAAAAAACAACAAAAUUUCCAAGACUGCCAAAAAAAGAAGUAGACAAAAAAACUAUGAGAGUUGUUCAGAGCCCAAGCGACUCCAUAUAUCAGACGAAGACAUUUCAUUGUUACUGAACAUUUUGACAUCACCAUCAGAAAAUGGCAAGGACUUGUUAAACACCACACCAAAGGGAAACUCAAAAGAUGGUAGUGUUAGGACUAUUAUACCUAACCAUUUAUCACAUGACUUGAUUUCAAUAAAAUCAAGACCAAACCUUUCACCUUCAGAGAAGCAAACUGAUCAGCUGAUUAUCAAUGAAUUACCUGAUACAGCAGAUGACAAGCCAGUUGAUUCAUCUUCAUGUAAACAAGCAGACAAUGCAAAUAAAAAAUGGGAGACAACUUCAGACCAAUGUGUAAAUCAGAUUGUUAAUCGUUUAGAGGAGAUAGAGCAAGAUUACAGUGCAAGUGUUGUGGAACCAUCAUCAGGACACUCAUCUUCACAUAGAAGCAGAGAUGGAGAGGUAGACAAUGCAGAUAUAAACAUUCAGACAACUUCAGACUACUAUGAAGAUGAGAUGUUUGAUCUUUUCAAGGAGUUGGAUCCAGAAUACAAAUCAGCUACUUUGGAAGCACAAAAAUUGAGUCCAUGCCCUUCAACAGACCAACCUUCAGACUACAAUGAUGGAUUUCCAGAACAUGUUGAAUCAAUAAUAGAUGAAUUACUAAACAUUAAUGGAACACACAACACAUUUAAUGAAUAAUUCAUUUAAUUUACUGAUACAUGAUAAAAGUUCAUCACAAACAUCAAUCAUCCAGAAAGUUACGGCAUGUUUAUUGAAAGGACAAUUCAAAAUUCAUAGUGAAAUCAAAGUAUUCAAAUAUUUUUGAAUAUAUACCCUAUACUUGUAAUGCAUUGGACAUACACUUGAAAUAUGUGUAUCAUAAAUUUUAUACACUACAAUAUCAAUGAAUGAAACUUUAGUGAGGAAGCUAUCAUACAGUAAGCCCAAACAUAAAUCAUACUGGGUAUUUUUACAAGUUCUUCUACCCCAAAAUUGGUCCACUUUUUCACAUUUUUCGGAUCUUUUGACCAUUAAACUUGUACAUGGUUUGAUGACUAGAAGCCUUCAUACAAAUUAAAGACUAUCUGAUAAUCAAAGUGCUGGAUAGCACCUGUGGAAAGUUUGCAACGGUAGAUGUGUAAUAUUUCAAAUAGGUUGUAAAUGUGUAGAUUGGGUGUUUAAUUUUUUUUCCGACUUUAAAAAAAAUGACUGAAUACAAGAAAUAAUUGUAACAUGAUGCUGUUACGAAGUCUCCCAAACAAAACUCCCAUAAUUUGUCAUUCCCAGGAAGGGGGUGGGAGUGACCCCAGGGGAUUCGCCUUUUAUUUCAUUUGAUUUGUUUUAUUGUCCCAUACAAGAAUAUAUAUGUUUUCGGGGUGGGGAUCUUGACCAUUUAAAAGUUCUCAAAACAGGAUGGGGUGGGGGUGACACCCAGGGACGCCCCCUAUAUUUCAUUUGAUUUGUUUUAUUGUCCCAUACAAGAAUAUAUAUGGUUUAGGGGUGGGGAUCUCAACCGUUUACAACUUUUCAAAAAGAAGGGGGUGGGGUGACACCUGUGGACUUCCUCUAUAUUUCAUUUGAUUUGUUUUAUUGUCCCAUACAAGAAUAUAUAUGGUUUAUGAGUGGUGAUCUCGACCGUUGACAAGUUCUUAAACAAGAAGGGGGUGGGAGUGACCCCAGGGGACUUGCCUUUUAUUUCAUUUGAUUUGUUUUAUUGUCCCGUACAAGAAUAUAUAUGGUUUUGGGGUGGGGAUCUUGACCGUUUACAAGUUCUCAAAACAGAAUGGGGUGGGGGUGACACCCAGGGACUCCCCCUAUAUUUCAUUUGACUUGUUUUAUUGUCCCAUACAAGAAUAUAUAUGGUUUAGGGGUGGGGAUCUCUACCGUUCACAAGAUUUCAAAAAGAAGGGGGGUGGGGUGACCCCUGUGGACUUCCUCUAUAUUUCAUUUGAUUUGUUUUAUUGUCCCAUACAAGAAUAUAUAUGGUUUAUGGGUGGGGAUCUCGACUGUUUACAAGUUCUUAAACAGGAAGGGGGUGGGAGUGACCCCAGAGGACUCGCCUUUUAAUUCAUUUGAUUUGUUUUAUUGUCCCGUACAAGAAUAUAUAUGGUUUCGGGGUGGGGAUCUUGACUGUUUACAAGUUCUCAAAACAGGAUGGGUGGGGGUGACACCCAGGGACUCCCCCUAUAUUUCAUUUGACUUGUUUUAUUGUCCCAUGCAAGAAUAUAUAUGGUUUAGGGGUGGGGAUCUCAACUGUUUACAAGUUCUCAAACAGGAGGGGGUGGGGCUGAUCCAGAGGGACUCCCGCUAUAUUUCAUUUGAUUUGUUUUAUGAUCCUGUGAUCAUUACUGAAAACCGUGUGUGUCUUUCACUUGCUGUUUUCAAGUAAUAGUCAUUUGAAAAUUUAAAAAAAAUAAAUCCCAUAGGGAUCUACAGUAAAUCCCUCGCUUCUUUGGCCCCUCAAAAUACCCCUAAAUAGACCUCAAGAAGAAAAAUAAUAAGAACUGAGCAAAACAAUAAGUCACCAAACUUUGUUUGGGAGACUUAAUAGCAAGUAGUAUAAUUACGAAUUUUGUUAUAGUCUGAUUUUCUGAUGCCGAUUAUGUAAUACGCCAAGUUUAUUAUAGUCCGAGUUUGUUGUGCGCCGAGAAGAGAUACCAGGAUACUUUCGAUACACUCUGGCUUUUACGUCUUUAAUAAAUAUUGUGAAAAUCGUAGUAAGCAAGCUAUAGCAAACUUUCCAAAAAAGGCACUAUCCAGGCAGAAAAAUUAUUACAGGAUAUUUUCAUAUGUCGCCCUCCUUAUCAUUUGGUCCACCAAUUACGGUAGGUUUUUCUGAAUAUCAUUUUGCAUCCAUAGUUUCGAAUUGGAAACCUUCAUACAAAUGUUAGAGGAUCUAUUAAGAAAUGAAUGCUCUAUCUUGACGACAAGAUAUAAUAUUGGAUAUUUUCACAAGUCCUCCCUCCUGAAAAAAGUUGAUAACCAUUUCAUAUUUUUCUGAAAAUUAAUAUGUGUCAUUCAAGGUUUCAAAUUUGAAGAGAAUUUGACUAAGUAUGAAGGCACUAGCAUGACAAACAAAGUGACUAAAGACAGACACCUGACUGGGUAAAAUGAUUUUACCCACUAGCAAAUUCAUUGAGUGGGGCGUAAAAAAGAUUAUGCAAAUGAGACAACCAUCUACAAAGACCAAAGAACAAGGAAAACACUUAGGUCUGUUCUACAAUGGAUAACAACAAUUGAUUGAUUAAUUGUUUGGUUUUUAGUGCCACUUUCAGCACUAUUGGCUAUUUAUUGGCUUGUUUUAUUGGUGGAGGGAGUCGGAGUAACUGGUGAGAACCACUGACCUUCAGCAGGAAACAGGCAAUCCAAAUCAAUUAAGAUUAGAGUCCAACUCACUGCCACACGUGGGAUUGGAACUCACAACCUCAGUGUCUUGACAGGCUAGUGAUACAGCAGAUGAACUAAUUAGACCAAUUGAGGCCCCUUCUAUAACAAUGAGCAAAACUAAUACCUAAUAGUAAUAAAAGGCAUGCCAAAUGUGAAAUUAUUCAAAACAGAAAACCAAGGCCCUAAAUUAAAACUACUACAAUGAAUAUACACAAAAAUAGCAGACAGCAACCAAUGACAACAACGUACAUUUUCAAUUAAAUUUGGGAUAGAAUGGAAUGAAAGCUAGUAGUAAGAAAUUUUUUUUCUUUUGCUUACAAGUGAUUAGUUAUUACUUUUCUCCUUAAAUAUUGUUUUCCAAUAGUGUGUUAUCAAAACAUGAUAUUAUUUACAUGUGUAAAGUUUGUACUGAUCAUUGAAAAGAACUGUGUUUUUUGUGACGAAACACAAAUUGGACUGUUUAUUUCCAUUUGUGAUAUUUCUUUGUUGUUUACCUUACACUUUUUAAGUAUGUUCAUUGUAUGAAUUCAUUAUUGGACUGUCAAGUAGGGUCCAAAACUAGUUUAUGGAAUGAGAAUAGUGUGUAGGAGAAUGGGCAGGAGGGUAUGGAGGGUAUGAUUUUUACAUUUUACAGGUUAUUAACUCCUGGUGUAGUUUUUCACCAAGAUCUCUGAAACUUCACAGAAAGAUUGCACACAUGUUGAUUUGAAGAAUUUUUUCCCUUUUUCCAGAUUGGGAACUUAGUCAUUUCAUAAAAAGACAUUUCAAAAGAUGAUAACAUUUUUUUUUAACCCUGAUCUUUGGAACUUCAUAGUAAAUUUGCAAACCUAUUAAAAAUUGUGCACCAUCCUUUGUUGAGUAUUUUAAAGAUGUUUUCCCAUUUUCCAUUUUAUAUUGCCAUCAAUUUGAAUGUUCAGUAUAGACCACUCAACCAAUUAAAAAAUAUUCUACUCAACUCAGGCAUUUGAGUCUUUGAUGUUGUGUUGUUGUAACUCAAAAACAUGGCAACAACUAUCUUUUCGAUUGACAACUUCAAUGCUAUUACUAGAAGGUCAGUCUUGCAGUUUUUGUUUGUUACUUUGAUUUGAUUUCAAAAUAAAGAUUGAAAGUAAUCUUCAAAAUCUUUUUGCUUUGUAAAUAUUGCUGUUUUCAAGUGUAUAUUAUUGUAGAAUAUUAGAUUUUUUCUGGUACAUUUUAUAUUUGUUUACUUUUGCAACAUCCCUAUUUAUAAGUUUAAUUUUACCUUUACAUAAGCAAUUCAUUUUUUUGGUACAUUUUGUUUUUGUUUCAAAACCAUUCUUAAUUGCAGGGAUUAGAUGUGAAAUAAUAUAUAUAUAUACAAGGUGUGAUCAAAAUAUUUUUGGACAAAAAAAUAUACAUUUAGAUACACUUAGAAAAUAUUCAUUUUGAUGUCAUUAUUUGUGAUCAUUACUUUCAAAUCUGAAUUCUUAAAGCAAAAUUUGUCAUAGUUUUCAAAAAGAAAGUUUAAAUGGUUGAAAGAAUAACUUUCACACUUUUUAUGGUUACAGAAGAAUUUAUAUUUUCUAUAUUGCUGGAAUUUUAGUGGAAUAAUCCAAUGAUCUAAUAAUGAUUUAGAAAUAAUUGACAAAUAAUAAAAAUACUGUAAUUACUUCUGAGUUAAAUUUGUAAACUUUAUACAUUUAGUCCACAAACUUUAGGUCUAGCUCUCAUAGUCAUUAAUACUGUAUUGUUUCUGUAAUGAUUCCUUACUAAAUUGUGUACUUACUAGUGACAAAUAUUUUUGAAAUUAUAAUUUUAACAUAAUGUUUAUUAUCAUUUACUUUUCAAUAUUUUCAUGUAUAUAUAUUCAAUAAAAUGUGUGAAAAAAAUAA